CCCGGAUGCUGAUGCGAGCGGGGCGAAGGAAGGGAAGAGGGGAGCGAAAAUAUCGAUUUACGGCAAGAAAACGGAGUAUCAUCCAAGGGGGGCCUUUCGCUUGCGUGAACUGGGAUCCGAAACGAGGAGGAAGAUAAGCUGAUUUGUGCGGUGUUGCUUCACCUGUAUGUGUCACCGCCCAUGGAGGACACGCCGAAGGAGAGGAGAGGGGGAAGAAGAUGCUGUGAUCCGCCACUUGCAGUGAUGUAGGGAGGCAGAGACGAGCAGAGGCAGGGGACGGGGGAGGACUACGCUACGCUAAUGAAAUAUAACAAAUAUAUAAAUACAUAUACAUGUAAGAAGAUGGUUGUCCGGAGAGGACUGCGCGUUUCACCUCGAGAAUCCGAGAUAAUGUGGCAGCCGUGCGAUAAAAGUGACCGUUUGGCGACGCCGAGAAACUUCAAGCGGGGUCGGUGUUUGUGACAGGCGCGAGACGGCCGUUGGUCGAGGCGUCGAAGCUAAAGCUAGCCUCAGAUAGCAUGUUGUUGCACCUGUAAAAACAGGCCUGACUGAGGAAAAAAUAACUAUUAUCACGUUUUCGGAGCAAACAUCUAAGCGUACGUGUUGGACAUUUCGUUCUUACGCUCAAACAGAAAAUGACAUAAGUAAAGGCUUUAAAGCAGACGGCUUGUUUUACAGCUAUAGGUUAAUGACAUAUAUAUGUAGUUAACGUCAUAAAUGUGACUAAAUUACACCAAUAAGCUAAUGUACAUACGUAAAACAUUCUAGUUAGCCUGCAGUACCUUAUCAUGUUCAUUUUAAGGACAGUGGUUGGUAUUUAACUCAGUAAGCAGCCUCGGUACAAACUGUCAUCCCAGUUUCUCUGCUUUAAACUAUAUAUUUUUGUUUUACUGUCUUAGAACAGGAAACUAUUUAUCUCAGCUUAAUUUUAUUUCCAAAUGGUUUGACUUGUGUGCUAUUUCAUGAUACAUGUUAGUAAACUAGAAAUAGCUGUGAUAUCCCUGAAAUUUAAAGUUGAGCAUAAUUUCUUGCACCAACCUAUGUAAAACCUGUACAGUACCAGAUAAAUUGCAAUAAAUCCCAGUGCAGUAUUAGUUCUAAUUGUGUAUUAAGCCUUCAGUGGGAGCAGUAUGAGUAAGGAACUGUCUCUGAGUCAGUCUGCUCAAUAUGUUGGGCCCUAUCGACUGGAGAAGACUCUGGGGAAGGGACAGACAGGACUGGUCAAACUCGGCAUCCACUGUAUUACGGGUCAGAAGGUAGCAAUCAAAAUAGUCAACCGCGAGAAGCUGUCUGAGUCAGUUCUGAUGAAGGUUGAGAGGGAGAUUGCCAUUCUGAAACUGAUCGAGCAUCCGCAUGUGUUGAAGCUGCAUGACGUUUAUGAGAACAACAAAUAUCUAUACCUGGUGUUGGAGCAUGUGUCAGGAGGAGAGCUGUUUGACUACCUGGUGAAGAAGGGGCGUCUAACUCCGAAAGAAGCCAGGAAGUUCUUCAGGCAGAUCAUCUCUGCGUUGGAUUUCUGCCACAGUCACUCCAUCUGCCACAGAGACUUGAAGCCGGAGAACCUGCUGCUGGAUGAGAAGAACAACAUUCGUAUUGCUGACUUCGGUAUGGCCUCCCUGCAGGUGGGGGACAGCCUGUUGGAGACCAGCUGUGGAUCACCACAUUAUGCCUGUCCUGAAGUUAUACGGGGAGAGAAGUAUGAUGGGAGGAGAGCGGAUGUGUGGAGCUGUGGGGUCAUCCUGUUUGCCCUUCUGGUGGGUGCUCUGCCGUUUGACCACGACAACCUUCGCCAGCUCCUGGAAAAGGUGAAGAGCGGCGUCUUCCACAUGCCGCACUUCAUCCCCCCAGACUGCCAGUCGCUGCUCAAAGGCAUGAUAGAGGUUAACCCUGAGAAGAGGCUCACGCUAGAGGCCAUCCAGAAACACUCCUGGUAUCAGGGCGGUCGUAACGAGCCGUGUCCCGAGCAGCCUCCUCCCAGGCGGGUGUGUGUGCGGAGAAUCCUGUCGCUGACCGAGUUGGACCCGGAUGUGUUGGAGAGCAUGCACUCUCUAGGAUGUUUCCGCGACCGAGUCAAGCUUACCCGUGAUUUGCAAUGCGAAGAAGAAAACCAGGAGAAGAUGAUCUAUUACCUACUGCUGGACAGGAAGGAACGGUACCCAAGCUAUGAGGACGAGGACCUGCCUCCACGCAAUGACGUUGCAGACCCUCCCCGGAAGCGUGUCGACUCUCCCAUGCUGACGCGUCAUGGCCGCUGUCGCCCUGAGAGGAAAAGCCUAGAAGUCCUUAGUGUUACGGAGCAGGGGUCUCCCACUCCACCUCGCAGGGCCCUCGACACAGCUGCACACAGUCAGAGGUCUCGCUCAGUCAGUGGAGCUUCUAGUGGUCUCUCCUCAAGCCCCCUCAGCAGUCCCAGGUCCUACCAGAGCCCCGUCUUCACUUUCAGCCAAUCAGACGUCACCUGUGCCACUGCUUCCCCCCUCACAAAGGAGUCCAAACAGGGAAACGCCACCACUCCUCGUUCAGCACGGUCUCAUGACAAGCCCAAAGCGUCCCCCAACCCCAAGACCCAGACCCUGCCCACCAAAGGACCCGCCGACCGUCCCCACCUGCAGGCCAUCAAAUCCCUGCCCCUGCACAACCCAUCCUCCCGCUCGCCCUCCCCCUCCCCGCUCCUGUCACCCAUCCCUCGCUUCUUCUUCCCUUCGUCCUCUGUCCUCAAGUCAGUGACUAAGAGUUUCUACCCAAACUCUGCCCACUCUGUGCCACAGGUUACCCCCCAGGGCUCUCCGCUGCCCACACCGUUGGGCACCCCUGUUCACCACCCCCACCACCCCUCCUCCACCCCGCCCUCCUCUUCCUCGUCCUCAUCCUCAUCACGGGCAGAGGGAGGCGGCGGGGUGGGCUCGCUGUCGCUCACCCCUCCCUCCAGCCCAGGAGGGGGCGGCGGCAUGGCGGCCAGCAGCCCCGCUCACUGGAGGACUCGCCUCAAUUCUUUCAAGAACAACUUGCUGGGAUCGCCGCGAUUCCAUCGCCGCAAAUUACAAGAUCUUUCUCUCCCAGUUCCGACGUCAGAGGACAUGUCCAGCCUAACGCCAGAAUCCAGCCCAGAGCUGGCCAAGAAGUCCUGGUUCGGGAAUUUCAUCGGUUUGGAGAAAGAGGAGCAGAUCUUCGUGGUGAUCAGGGACAAACCGUUGAGUUCUGUCAAAGCCGACAUUGUCCACGCUUUCCUGUCAAUCCCGUCGCUCAGCCACAGCGUCAUCUCCCAGACCAGCUUCCGGGCAGAAUACAAGUCCUCCGGCGGUCCCUCCGUCUUCCAGAAGCCCGUCAAGUUCCAAGUGGACAUUGCCUUCUCCGAGGGCGAGAGGGAACGGGACAGGGAGAGGAGCGAGAGGGAGGGGAGGAGGGAAACAGGAAUCUACAGCGUGACGUUCUCCCUCAUAUCAGGGCCGAGUCGCAGGUUCAGACGAGUGGUGGAAACGAUUCAAGCCCAGCUUCUCAGCUCUCAUGAUCAGCCACUGGUGCAAGCCCUAUGUGAUCCCUUCCCAGAUGAGAAGAGCAGUCGUCCCCACGGGACCCCCACCCGCCAAAACUCGAGGCGCUCUGAGGGUGGGGGCGACAGGUGCGAGUGGGGCGACCGAGCAGACGGCGGAGGCAUCGGAGGCAGCGGAGGAGUCCUGCAGCGCAGAGGCUCGGCCAAGGAGAGAACCCGCCUCCUGUCCUCUAACGGAACCCAGUCCCAACCGUAGGAUAGAGAGAGAACACGCUGCAGGAUGCUUGAGCUGCACCAGAAACCAGACAGUAAUAACUCCACCUUCAAGUUUCCCUGCGAGCUACGAGCCACCCCGAUUCUUCCUUGACUUCGUUACUGAAAGUGCUUAACCGUAUCAAGGAUUGAGCCGUUCUCCCCUCCCAUCUUGCAUUGUUUUGCCAACAUAAUCUUGAUGUUCUGGAUCACCAUUAGUCCUACCUUUAAAAGAGGAAGAAAUUUUAAGAAACCACCCUUUAAUUUAAAAAAAGGAGUGUGAGAAUGAGCAGUUUGGUAUCCAUCCAUUAAAAAUGUAGCUUCCCAAAUCAAACUGAAAUUUUUUGAAGUGCUGAUGUGCAUGCCACGACCGGAUAAAAUAGUCUGUCAUAGCAUUGGUUCACGUCCAAAAUUUACUCCUUAAAUUAAAGGUGGCGCUCAUGUCCCUGCCAAGCAACACGCAGAUAAUAGUCCAUCUGGAGAGAAAUGUAAAUGUAUUGCAGCAUAAAAACUUUAAAUUUUAGCAACCUGCCACCAGGAGGUUCCGCAUUUCUCUUAAGAAACUGCAUCCUGGAGUUCCAGCAGCGGCUUUUGUUGAUCUAAAGAAAGCCAACAAGUAAGCUAAGUAAGUGAAUGUGAAAAAACUUAUUUUUUUAUUUUGGUUUUUAUUUGUGUUAAUGUAUUUCCUUUUAUUUGAGGAUGUCAGUAGCACAGUGGUAUUGGUGAAGACGGCAGCAGAAACAGUCUGAACGUUGUUGGCAUACGUUGAGUUGUUUUGUAUUUCCUUUUUACUCAGAGACGGUAUGAAACAAUGCAUCUAUGAUUCUGCAUUGGACCCUUGUUGCUUUGGUUGCUUUGGUUUGAACAGAUAUAUGAACAUUGCUAUAGGGGUCGUGUGGAGGGCCUUGUUAAUACGUGAGUAGAUCUCUGACCCUCGUUGGAGGUGUUUGUGCCCAGACUGAAU